AUGGAUACAAGUUGCUAUGGCGAUUACGCUGCUGCUGCUUCGCCAGUGACGGAAAUAGCAACGGAGAACGAAUCGUUGGCAUUGAGACUUAUGUUGAUCGUCUUCUUCUUUGGCUCUGUUUUCAUUCUAUGUUACUUCAUUUACCCGAAGCUACCGAAGGAAGCAGCCGGAGAUGAAGAAUCCGGCGAGCCGCUUCCGCCGGCGAUCAUACUCUUGAAAGAAGGAAAGAAAGGAGGCUGCGGCGGUUACGGCGGGAUCACGACGGAGGUUUGCGUGAUCUGCUUGGAGGAUUUUCAGAAAAACGACGCAGUUAGGGUUCUGGUGAGAUGCAGGCACGUGUAUCACGUGCAAUGUAUAGAUUCUUGGUGUUUGUACAAGUUGGCAUGUCCGAUUUGCAGAGCUCCGUUCCGGUUAUUCGGUGAUUGGUGA